UGAGUUAAAUUCCAGGAGUCUGAACGCAGCGGGGUCUCGGUUGAUGCUGGCGGUUGCUGUGCAAGUUGUUUUCAAGAUUUCCUCGUCUAGGGCCUGGCCUGGCUCUGUCUACGUCGUUACUGGCGGCACUUCCCACCUCGGGCCGGUAGGAUGCGGGUGGCUGUGGCCGGCUGCUGCCACGGCGAGCUGGACAAGAUCUAUGAGACGCUGGCGCUGGCGGAGCGGCGCGGCCCGGGGCCGGUGGACCUGCUGCUGUGCUGCGGCGACUUCCAGGCGGUGCGCAACGAGGCCGACCUGCGCUGCAUGGCCGUACCGCCCAAGUAUCGCCACAUGCAGACCUUCUACAGGUAUUAUUCUGGAGAGAAAAAGGCCCCAGUUCUCACAAUCUUCAUUGGGGGAAACCAUGAAGCCUCAAAUCAUUUGCAGGAGUUACCGUAUGGUGGCUGGGUGGCACCAAACAUUUAUUAUUUAGGUUUGGCUGGUGUGGUAAAAUACCGAGGUUUAAGGAUCGGUGGGAUCUCUGGUAUCUUUAAAUCUCAUGACUAUCGAAAAGGUCAUUUUGAGUGCCCACCUUAUAAUUCAUCCACAAUAAGAAGUAUAUAUCAUGUGAGAAAUAUUGAAGUUUAUAAAUUGAAACAGUUGAAGCAGCCUAUGGAUGUAUUCUUAUCUCAUGAUUGGCCAAGAAGUAUAUAUCAUUACGGAAAUAAGAAGCAACUUCUUAAGGCUAAGUCUUUUUUCCGACAAGAAGUGGAAAAUAACACAUUAGGAAGUCCUGCUGCCUCGGAGCUCUUAGAGCACCUAAAACCUACUUACUGGUUUUCUGCACACCUUCAUGUGAAGUUUGCAGCCUUGAUGCAGCACCAGGCUAAAGAUAAAGGACAGCCAGCCAAAGCAACCAGAUUUUUAGCAUUGGACAAAUGCUUACCGCAUAGAGACUUUCUUCAGGUAAUAGAAAUAGAACAUGACCCCAGUGCUCCUGAUUACUUGGAGUAUGAUAUUGAAUGGCUCACCAUUCUCAGGGCUACUAAUGAUCUUAUUAAUGUGACUGGGCGCCUAUGGAAUAUGCCUGAAAAUAACGGCCUGUAUACAAGGUGGGACUAUAGUGCAACAGAAGAAGCUAUGAAAGGAGUAUUGGAAAAAUUGAAUCAUGACCUCAAAGUUCCAUGUAACUUUAGUGUAACAGCUGCUUGCUAUGACCCUAGCAAGCCACAGAACCAAAUGCAGCUGCUUCAUAGGAUCAGUCCUCAGACUACUGAAUUUUGUGCUCAACUUGGCAUCACAGACAUUAAUGUCAGGCUUCAGAAGGCCAAGGAAGAACCUUACUUGUGUAAUGAAAAUGAAGAGCAGGAUGACGUGGAGAGUAAUGACUCAGGAGAACUUAGUGAAUAUAACACAGACACCUCUGCCCUGUCCUCUGUUAACCCAGAUGAAAUAGUGUUAGAUGAAGAAGAGGAAGAUGCAGACAGCAUGCUAAGUGCACACAGUGACACGAAUACCUCAUCUGUAGGACCUUCUGAUCAAGCAUCUGACUUUUCUGCAAGCUUCUCUGAUGUCAGGAUCUUGCCAGGUUCCAUGAUUGUAUCUCCUGAUGAUACAUUGGGCUCCCCAAUUGCUACAGAGGGGAAAGCUGGUGAUACUAUGGAGUCCAGGGAUGGGAAGGACUUAAUUGAAGCGCCAUUGAAGAGGCUGAGUGAUGAACAUGAACCUGAACAAAGAAAGAAAAUUAAGAGGAGGAAUCAAGCCAUCUAUACUGCAGUAGAUGAUGAUGAUGUAGCAUAAGACAGUUUACUUAUCUUAAUAUAUGUAGAUACUUGAUUCUCAAGUCAUUUUUUUUUUAGAGUUGAAUUUUUGACUCAAUUUAAUUUUGUAGUAACAAAGCUACCAUUGGGUAAUUUUAAUGCGGUAUUAACUUUGUCUUUAGGCUUUAUAUGUUUCAGAUACAAAUGUAUUAAAAUUUCAUAUAUUUACUUGAUUACUUUUUUCCCAAGGCAUAUGUUACGCACUUUUAUUUUUUCAGCAAACACCCACUGAGCACCUACUUUGUGCCAGGCAUUCUUCUAUAAGAUUGGGAAUAUAAAGAUAAGUAAGACAGGGUUUUUGCCUUCAAGGGGUUAUUACCAAUGUAAAUAUUUUGGUGUAUAAAAUAUGUAUUUCUGUUUUUUACCAAGUCAUAUUGUAUAUACCAUUAUGUAUGCUUUCUCUUCAUUUAUUAUAAAUAUUUUCCCUGGUCAGCUCUUAGUGUCUGUCAAAUACAAAUUGAAAUUGAAGAUGAUAAAUAGAAUUUUAGAAAGUAAGUUACUUAUAAAUACUAAACAUUGGUAAACGUAAAAUCUUACACUUUAUUGCUGAGAUUAAUGUAACCCUGUUAACUUUUCCAUAUUAUAUUUUAGCUUCAGUGGUAAUUUUAAUGUGACUAUAGCCCUGGUGGCAUAGUGGUCAAGAGCUACAGCUGCUAACCAAAAAGUUGGCAGUUUGAGUCCACCAGCCGCUCCUUGGAAACUCUAUAGGGCAGUUCUACUCUGUCCUAUAGGGUCAUUGUGAGUCAGAAUUGACUUGACGGGCACGGGUUUUAUCAUACUGUGUAAGGAGCCUUGGCCAUACAAUGGUUAAAGUGCUCGGCUACUAACUGGAAAGGUAAGCAGUUCGAAUCCAUUUAGUCACUCUGGGAGAGAAAAAUGUGGCAGUUUGCUUCUGUAAAGAUUACCGCCUUGGAAACCCUAUGGGGCAGUUCCACUCUGUCCCGUAGGGUCGCUUUGAGUCAGAAUCGACUCAACAGCAAUGAGGUAUAAUACUUAGUACAGGUGGUUUUGGCACAGUUCAGUUAGUAUUAAUUAUUGGCAGGGAUUGAGUUGCACAAAUGCUGCCAUUCAUGCUGCAUGGUUCGUCUCUAGUAUUAAAGUAUUUUUAAAGACCUGUGUGGAAAAACUAUACCCUUAUCCUGCCUCUGGUUAAAAUGCCCUACACUUUGGAGCAGGAGUCAUGGAAUCCAGAGAUUGUUCCAGGACCUCAUCAUCUCACUGCAGUCCAAACCCAGGAGCAAAUUCAUGUAGCAGCUGGCUUGUCAGUGCGUGACUUGGAAAAGGCAUAGGACUUUUAUUGUUAUUUCCUUUUUCUUUUUGUUUACUUUCUUUUAUAAAUAGAAUAUCUAAUUCACAUAUUUUGAUUCUCAUUAGUUAUUAAAAGAAAGCAUUUAAAGCUAUGAAUUUCCUCCUAAUCACUGACUUAAUUGUAUUCCAUAAGUUCUGAUAUUGCUUUUUUUUCCCAGAAAGUUUUAAUAACGAUAAAAGCAAAAAGUAGAUAAAAAACAAAUGUUAGAGUUAAUGGUGGUCUCAAAACACAGACAAUCCACUAGCUUACCUAAUCAAAACUUUAGAAAGCACAAGGACAAAAAAUAAAAGGGAGAAAUAACCACCGAAACAGGAUAGUCAAACCAAUAAACAUAAGAUUACUGCGCAUAACUUGGUACAAAUAAAUUUGAAGCUGAAAUGGAUAAUUAAUUUCUUAGGAAAAUAGAAUUUACUGAAAUUCACCCUAGGAGAGAUGGAAAGUUUAAACAAAUCCUCAUAGAAGAAAUAGAGAAAAUUAUCAAAGAAUUACUCCACAAAAAGCACCUGAUCCACAUGGAUUCAGGAGAAACUAGCAAACUUUUUAAAGACCAGCUAAUCCCUAAUGCUAUGUAAACUGUUCAAACUAGAGAAAAUGAAAGUUUACACAUUCUUUUUAUGAAGCAAGUGUAUCAUUGAUGCCCAAAUCUGAUAAAGAUUCCAUGAUAAAGGAAACUAGGAAUUAACCUCACUUAAGAACCUUGGUGCAAAUGUCGUAAAUGAAAUACCGAUCAAUUUUGGGGAAAAGUUUCUAAAAAUGACAUCUCCCAGCCCAGAAAAACUCUCCACAAAUAUAGAAGAGAAAGCAACAUUUUAUUAUUGAAUAAACAUUAAACCAGAAUGUGAUGCAUCAUAAGCAAUCUGCAAGAGAGAUUGCAAAGACAGAAGUCUUAAUCCUUUAUAUAGCUGAGUGAAUACAACUUAAUAACAUUCAUGUUUAAGAUAAAAUUGCUAAUUUUCCAGUAUUUUGAUGUCAGGAUACCUGAAGUUAUGCUAAUUGCCAUUCAGGAAACUGGGAGGUAGGGGUGUGACCUUCCUUGAUUACAUUUCAGAAGAGAUGGCUUCCAGGUCCUUGAGGAAACAUACUUUUCAGAAAGACAAUUGUGUUACUAUAAGAUAGUAACAUUACAACUUUUUACUUAUUUCUAUUGCUAUUUUUACUUUUCUCUGGGCAACUUGUGGUCGCCUAAAUACCCAACAAGUUUAUGCUAAAUUGCAAAGCAAUUGUCAGAAUUAAACAAGAAGAUGAAUCAAAAAUUUCAGUACAAUUUUUGCUUUGGGGAAUAACCUUUAAAUAUUAUACCAAUAGUCAAUGCUUAAACCAAAUUCUUG